AUGGACGUUAAGCUGCUUACAAAAGUCCUUUCGGACCCCGAAACAAUCGCUGUUAACCGUCUUCCUGCCAGAGCUUACUACUUGCCCCACCAUUCACUCCCAUUGAAUGGACAAUGGGACUUUUCCUUCCAUGAAUCACCUCUUACUGCUCCAUUGCCCGAGGAUUUCACUGCAGAGUGCAAAAUCACUGUCCCAGGUCAUUGGCAAUUGCAAGGGCAUGGUGCUCCAUGGUACACCAAUGUAGUGAAUCCAUUCAAUGUCAAUCCCCCACAUCCUCCACGGUUGAAUCCAACAGGAUGCUACCGCACCACCUUUGAUGUUCCAGAGAAUUGGGAAGACCUGCUUGAUUUGAGAUUGCGUUUCGAAGGUGUGGACAAUUGCUACCACGUGUUUGUGAACAACAAGUUUGUUGGCUACUCUGAGGGCUCGAGAAACAGUGCCGAGUUUGAUGUGUCUGAUUUCGUGAAAGCAGGGGAGAAUUCUCUUUUUGUGAGAGUAUACCAGUGGUCGAACACUACAUACAUCGAAGAUCAAGACCAGUGGUGGCUCAGCGGAAUCUUCCGUGAUGUUUACUUGCUUGGGUUCUCAAGAGAAGGCGCCGUUGAAGACUUCUCCGUGGUGACGGACUUUGACGACUCUUUCAACGAUGCUAAGCUUGCUAUCAGCUUAAAGACCAACAACACUGGUGUUGAUGCUAGGUUCAUCUUGAAAGAUGCAGAUGAUAAGAUUGUCUUGGAUAACUCUGAGUCGUUGGGUGAGUUGGAGUCCAAAUUCUCAUAUGCAAUCACCAAGCCUCACAAGUGGACUGCUGAGUCACCAUAUCUCUAUAACUUGACCAUUCAAACCGUAAAAGAUGGUCAUGUUCUCUUCGAAACUUCGCAGGACGUGGGUUUCCGUAAGGUUGCUAUUGAAGGGAAUCUUCUCAAGGUCAACGGUGUCCCUAUUAUUUUGAGAGGUGUCAACAGACAUGAGCAUCAUCCCAAGUACGGACGUACAGUCCCUUUCGAGUUCUUGGAAAAAGAUUUGAGGAUCAUGAAAGAGCAUAAUAUCAAUGCCAUUCGUACUUCUCACUAUCCAGACCACCCAGACUUCUACAAGCUUGCCAACAAGUAUGGAUUUUGGGUCCUUGAUGAAGCUGACUUGGAAUGUCACGAGUUCUUCGAAGCUGUUCGCCGUCCAAUUGACGGAUCGGAUGAUGUUGAAUACGAUAGUGAGAAGCUCGCAUUGUUUCAGGAAGCAAAGAAGUUCACGUCGGAUAACCCUCAAUGGGAGCGUGCGUACGUUGAUCGUGCCAACCAAUUGGUCAAGCGUGACAUCAACCAGCCUUGUGUGAUCAUCUGGUCGCUUGGUAACGAGGCCUUCUUUGGACUGAACCAUGUUCUGAUGACUAACGAGAUAAGAAAACUCGAUAGCACUAGACCAGUACAUUACGAACCAGAUUUGGAUGCCGAAGCAACAGACUUCUUCUCCAGAAUGUAUCCAUGCUUGGAGACUGUGGAAUCAUUUGCAGGCAAGGACAAGCCAUUUAUACUCUGUGAAUAUGCGCACGCUAUGGGUAAUGGCCCAGGUUUGUUGAGAGAGUACUGGGACUUGUUCUACAAGCACGAUAACUUACAAGGUGGUUUUGUUUGGGAAUGGGCUAACCAUGGUCUUGAAGCUAAAGAUGAAAAUGGAACUACCUUCUACAAGUAUGGUGGAGACUUCGGAGAGUAUCCACAUGACGGAGUGUUCAUUAUGGAUGGACUUGUUGACUCCGAACACAAUCCAACUCCAGGCUUACUUGAGUAUAAAAAGGUUAUUGAGCCAAUCAUUACCACUUUUGAUCUCAAGAAUAAAUACAUCCUGGUCCUCAAUGCACACAACUUCAUUGACUUGUCCUCAUUUACUGCUCGCUACAACAUCACGGAGUAUGAUACAUCUAUGAAUAGCAGAGUUCUCCAGGAGGGAGACCUCGAGAUUCCAGACACUGCUGCUGGCCAAACAUCUAAGAUUGAGUUCCCUGAAUUCAAUAACAAAUGGGCUUCCGACUCCUCUGUGUUCUUGAAUGUAGAGUUCUUGACUUCUGGAACUGAGGUAUUGUCAAAAAAUCACUUGAUUGCUUGGUCUCAAGUGGAGCUUCAGGAAGCUGGUACUUCACUUGAGGUUAAGUCUGCGGCUGCAAAGUUGAAGGUCACCGAAACACAUGGCACUAUCAUCGUCGAAGGACCAAACACUCAGUUUGUGUAUGACUCCAUUAGAGGACAAAUUAACUCUUGGGAGGUCGACUCUGUUGAAUACAUCAAGCCAGGUCGAAAGUCUUCUAGUUUCAACCAGUUGACUUUCUGGAGACCUAGUAUUAACAACGAUGCUCCUGUCGAUGAACCUUAUUGGAGAAGAUUUGGCUUCGAACAUAUGGACAUGACCGUCCAUGAUGUGGUGGUGACCCAAGCGGAUCUGGUUGUUAAAUUGGCUGUCAAGUCAAGUGUUGGACCACCUAUUUUGGGUUGGAGAUUUGAAGUCAGUCAAGACUAUACCAUUUCUGAAGGACAAAUCAACUUAAGGACUCACAUGGUGCCCAAAGCUAAAUUUGCAAAAAUGAUUCCAAAAACUCUCCCAAGACUUGGUUAUGAAUUUCUCCUCGGGGAUGAGUUGGCAAACAAUGUUUUGUGGUUCGGAAGGGGUCCAGGUGAGAGUUACUCAGACAAAAAGGAAUCUCAGAGAAUCGGAGUAUACAACAAGCCUUACCAAGAACUCGAUUAUCUGUACGACUAUCCUCAAGAGAACGGAAACCAUACCGAUACCAGAUGGGUAUCUUUGGAUGCGCCCAAGAAGAGAGAUCUUGUAGUGCAUUUCUCCAACCAGUUGUUUGACUUCAAGGUAUCGGAUCAACACAAUUUGCAAGAGGCUCGGCAUCCUAACGAGGUUAUUAAAGGAGACAAAUUUGUUCGCUUGGAUUACAAGCAACAUGGAGUUGGUACUGGAGCUUGUGGACCUAGGGUUCUCGAACUGUUUGAGUUCAAAAUGCCUGAGACCGUUGACUUCGAUAUUAACUUGGUAGUGAAAUGA